UUCUGGACGCCCCGGCUCGCCGAACAGAUCGCUGGGAGCAAAGGGGCUUUGCAGGAGGAGCGUCCCGGUCCCUAAUGGCCUGGGUUCGCGUCUCGAUUUGUGCUUUGUGCGCGCUCCGUGUGGCGCUGGCCACUGUGUUCUUCCAGGAGGAGUUUCUGGACGGAGAACACUGGAGGAACCGCUGGGUGCCGUCCAACGACUCCCGGCUCGGCCACUUCCGACUCUCGUCGGGGAAGUUCUAUGGUCACAAAGAGAAGGACAAAGGUCUGCAGACCACGCAGAACAGCCACUUCUAUGCCAUCUCCGCUCGCUUCAAGCCAUUCAGCAACAAGGGCCGGACGCUGGUGCUCCAGUACACGGUGAAGCAUGAACAGAAGGUGGACUGCAGCGGUGGCUACGUGAAGGUCUUCCCAGCCGACCUGGACCAGAGGGGCCUGAACGCCAGGUCCCCGUACUACAUCAUGUUCGGACCUGAUAUCUGUGGAUUUGAUCUCAAGAAAGUUCAUGUUAUUUUACAAUUCAAGAAUGAGUAUCAUGCAAACAAGAAAUCGAUCAAGUGUAAGGUUGACGGCUUUACGCACCUCUACACUCUGGUCCUGAGGUCAGAUCUCACUUACGAAGUGAAGAUCGAUGGCCAGUCCAUCGAAUCGGGCAGCAUCGAGUAUGACUGGCAGUUGACGUCGCUGAGGAAAACGGAGCAGGGGGCGGCGCCGUCCCCAGGCUCGGACCAGAGAAAGCGGGAGUGGACCAGGCCACCUGAUUGACGGGCUGUGUCUCUGCAGGACUGGGAGAAGCACUUGCUGGACGCUGCGGGCAGCAAGCCCGGCGACUGGCACAGUGAGCUAGACGGGGACUGGCCGGGGCCCAUGCUGCAGAAGCCGCUCUACCAGGCUGGCCUGAAACCGGAGAGAAUCAGCCAAGACCCCUGGCUGCCUGAGAAGAUGACAGGCACCGGCUACCUGACGCAGUACGACCUCUCGGAAUUCCAGAGCAUCGGCGCCAUCGGGCUGGAGCUGUGGCAGGUGAGGUCGGGAACCAUCUUUGAUAACUUCCUGCUCACAGAUGAUGAGGAGUAUGCAGAAAAUUUUGGGAAAGCCACCUAGGGCCAAACCAAGGGCCCGGAGAAGGAGAUGGAUGACAUCCUGAUCAAGGAGGAGGUGACCAGAGCCCGCGAGGAGGAGGAGGAGGAGCUGCCGGCGGGCAGGUUCCACGGGGCUCAGGGGCCCUUCCCUGAGUUUCAGAGGCAGAACGAGCUGUAGUUCUCCCUGCUGCGGAGGGCAGAGGUGACUGGUAAAACCUCCCUUCUACUUUAAUCCACAUUUCAAAACUCAGCCUCUGUGUGCUCAUUUGCCCAGUGCCCUUGAAAAAGGUCCCCAGGGGCCUGGCGUGGUGGUGCACGCCUAUGACCUCAGCACUGUGGAGGCUGCGGCAGGAGGAUCGCCUUGAGUUCCGGGCCAGCCUGGGUUACACAGUGAGUUUGAGUUUAAGGCAGCCUGAACUAUACGGGGAGACCCUGUCUCACUGUCCUGCCCCCCCCCCCCCCGCAAAAGAAAAGAAAAGAAAACCGUCCCCAGGCUCCUUAGUGGGGUGGGUUGCAUGUCUCCCCAAGACACCUACACUGGAAGGUUCCCUCCACGGAUCUGCACAGCAAAGACACAGCGCUGCUUUCUUAAUCUCUGACAUUUAAUAAAAGUUGGUGAAAUGCA